AUGGCACCCAAGGCAGAGAAGAAGCCGGCCGAGAAAAAGCCGGCGGAGGAGAAGAAAACGACGGUGGCUGAGAAGGCCCCGGCGGCGGAGAAGAAGCCUAAAGUCCACCCUGACAUUGGGAUCUCCAGUAAGGCCAUGGGUAUCAUGAACAGUUUCAUCAACGACAUCUUCGAGAAGCUCGCUCAAGAAGCGUCGAGGUUGGCGAGGUACAACAAGAAGCCAACGAUUACUUCAAGGGAAAUUCAGACGGCCGUGAGGUUAGUGUUGCCUGGGGAGCUGGCGAAACAUGCCGUUUCGGAGGGGACUAAGGCUGUGACCAAGUUUACUAGCUCUUAG